CUGCGUUUUACCAGCCGGAGCUCGGCUUCGCUGCCCGUCACCCCACUGCGCACAGAAGCGCCGGCUGCGCGGGGGGGAGCACGGCGCUGCGCGGGGACGCGGCCCCGCGGGGGGCGGGGGGGGAAGGAAAGGCGACCUGCCCCGGUUUUUGUGUCUACCGGACAAAACCGCUCUAAGUUAGCCACCAAGCUGCUUUACAGCGUCUCGGUUAGCGCGGAUGAGAGCAGAUCGUAGUAGGUUUGUUGUUGUUGUUGUUGUUGUCGUCGUCUUUUUUUAAUGCCCGCUUGGUUGGCUGAGCGGCAGUCCCGAGUGCACUACCAGCAACCGAUCAGAAUAACCACGAGCAGAAGGAGACUAUCAAAGAUGACAAAGGGAAAAAGAGAAACAACAAAUCAGCAUUUAGUGAGGAAGAUAAAGAAGGUAUGAUGAAACAAGCCCUGCUGGACCAGCAUCACCUUGGAAUGUAUAAGGAUCUCUACAGAAGGAGAAAUGCCAUGUAUGCCCAUUACCAAGACUUGCUCAAUAAGAAAGUUCAAAAGCAGAGAAUUCAGAUUCAAAUGUCUGAUUGUAGGCUCAAGCAAAAUCCUGAGCAGCAAAGAGGAAAAAAGUGUAUCCCUGGGCAUCAAGUGCCAUACUGCAAAUUGUCUCACGAUGCUAAGUACCUCAAGUCUAUUCCUCAGUCCUGUAAUUACCUGAUUAUAGGACUACAGAAUGAACUAAUUAGGCAUGGAGUCUUAAAGAACCAACAGGACUGUGAAGACUUUUGGAAACUGAUUCCCCAGAGCUGUCACAGUUCACAGCUCAAAGAAAAACUUGAGGACAUAAAAUCAAAAAUGAUUGCUUCCAAAAGUUUGCCUCCCUGCACCCAUGUCAGAAUGAGUACAGCACAGCCAACUGAUGUUUUUCUAAGCCAAAGAUGUGAGAAGCUGAAAAAAAGCUCAGCCAAUAUGUCAGGAUCAGUGUGCUGCCAACCUCCACUUCAUCAUCCCAGUAAGCACACGAAGUCCCAAAAAGAAACUGAGCAAAUAUUUUCUAAGUACAGAAUUUCUAAAAGGAGUAAGAAAUGUUUCCAACAUAAAAAGCAUCUUUUUUACUUGCACCAUAUGUAUCAUCUUGCCUGUCUUAAUAUGGCAUCAUCUAAGAGACGGCUGGAGCAAAACCACCAGUUUGUAGCUGUUGAAAAUGGGUACAGUGUCCAUGAUCUGAUGAAUUAUUUAUUUCCAAGGGAACAUAAAUCACCAUGUGCCACUGAGAGAGAGAUGGAGGAAAACAUAUUUCCAGGCUUGGCAGGAAGGAAACAGCAGGAAAGGCAUUGCAAGAGAUCCUCCAAAGCACACAAAGUUUUCAAAGAAAUGAGAAAUGAAGAUAAUGGAGGCACUGAAAUUUCAGGGGAUCAGAAAUUCAGUGUUGGUGCUCUAGCCCCACAUGAAAUGACCACUGUGCCUCUAACCCUUGAAGAUGUGGCUCUGAAACAUCCAGUGCUGGAAGCUAAAUCAGUCGUUACUUACUGGACUAAUUAUGCAGAUAAAGAAGAAGAAAUUCCUAAACUGGAAUAGAACAACUAAAAUGUAGAAGAUCACAGUAGAAAUUGCUUUUUUUUUUUUAAUUUCUCAAAAAGUUGCAUCAGUUACAGACUGUAUAUAAGUACUUGGAAGUCAGUGUAUUAUUAAUGAUCGUCCUGGCCCUACAUGAAGAAAAGAAUUUUGCUAUUUACUGAUCAGACUCGUAUUUGAACGUAAAACUAACAUUAACAUUUCAAAAUGCAGUAAAUAGAGCUUUUUUCUCUGAAACUUGUCCUUCCUUGCACUUUUGUUAUCUUCUUCUUCUGUAGCAAACUUGCAACAUAAUUUUUCAGGAUGAUUGUUAUUA